GUGACGCGUAGGCCACGCUACGGUACGCCAUUUGUGACUAGCAGCAAAAACGCGGACACUGGAAUUGUUGUCGUAUUAAACGGUAUUGUCAAAUCAUCGAGGAAAACAAACUGCUCGCUCUAUAUUCCGGCAAGCCAUGACAUGGAUGUCUUAUUGACGUCGGACAAAGCGGUUUCUAAGGAACAGCAUGAUCAAGAUGAUUCCGGAGGGAAGUGUCAUACAGCCAACGAUGGGGGGAUAAAGUUAAGCGAAAAACCCUUGGCCACCGUAGUUGCGGGGACUGAUGAAGUGGAGGAGGAGGAGGAGGAGGAGGUGGAUGAGGAAAAGUCGGCAGACAAGGUGAAGCCAGACCAACCUUCCUCACAAGGUAAUGACCUCUGUUCAAUCUGUGGCUUCCUAGCCAAAUGCCCAAGAGCCUUAAAGAUCCACUCAACAAGGAAACAUGGGAAGAGAGCUAGAAGGCGAACCAAGUCGGACCAAGAUGGCGAGGCUGCUUCACAAACGGCUACAGCUACAGUUCCCAAGGAGUCUGCUCAGGAGGAAGAAAACUCUAAAGAGUCCGACCAAACCCAGGAAUCAGACCCAAACUCAGCUGAUGAAUUAAAGUCUGUAGCCAAAGACCAUGGGAUAUAUGCAAGGGGCUCUGUUAAGACAGAGAAGGUAGUGGCCAUACAGCCAGCCACUGAGGACCCCGAGAGCCUCACGAAGGAGCGCCGACUGAGCAAGAGGACCCCAAAACCCAAAGUCAUUCACUCUUGCAACUAUUGUGGGCAAGAGUUCUGGGAUAAAUCUCUCCUUGAGGUGCAUGUUAAGAGAACACAUGCCAAAGACACGCCGUACACAUUCGAUGCGGAGGAGAACGUGGAAGAGGAGGGGGAGGAGGAGGAAGAGGAAGAGGAAGAGGAGGAAGAGGACGAGGUGACUGCAACAGCAGCAACGGAGCCUGUGGCCGGCGACCUGGCAGACGUGCCGGCGAGUUCUGCGCCCAAGCGCAUGCUUAGCAGGUUCCAGUUGAAGUGCGGCAGCUGCGAGUUCAGGGUCAGCACCCCUGCCUUGCUGGAGAGCCACUCCCGAGUCAAGCACCCCAGUACGGAAUGGUUCCGCUGCAAACUGUGCCACUAUUUCACGGCCUCCGCCGAGUGGAUGACUGCCCACCUCUCCUCCGAGGGCCACAAGCGGCACCAGGAAGGGGAUGGCGGCAAGGCCAGCGCCACAUUUGAAGACUGUGUUGAGAAGGUGACCCGAGACAGCACUGGGGACGGUGCCCUGGUUAAUGAGGGGGCUAAGGGGAGCGAUGGAGGGCGGCUCCCGCUGUCCGAAGGCCACCGGCAGGCUGAGGAGGCAGUGGAGGCUGCUAGAGUGGAGCUGGCCGAGGGGGAGAAACUGGAUGAGCCGCAACCAGCGAAGAAGAAAAGGGGCAGGCCCAAGCAGACGUCCACCACCACAUGCGGGUACUGCGGUCUAGUCGUGUCCAAUGCUACCAACCUGAAUGUACAUGUACGCCGCAAACAUAGCAAGGAGUAUGGCUACAAUUGCACGCUCUGCAACUACAGCUGCGUAACGAAAGGAGACAUGGACCGCCACUGUAUUACCAAAAAACAUGUUCGUCGUGUGCUGGAGUCUGCAGGGAAGAAACAGGAGCAGGAUCCCAUAGAGGUCUCCUAUCAGAUAGCCCGAGAGAGUUCUCAGGGUUCAGAUGGAGAGCCUGCACCAGACAGUGCUUGCUCUGACGAAAACGAAAAAGAAGACAAUGAACACUCGGACACCAGCCAGAAGAAGAGUAAAUAUGACUCUGUUAACGCCUGCAGCCAUUGUGAUUUUGUUGCCCAUUCGAUCCCUUCCCUCCAUAGCCAUGUAAAGAGGAAGCACACCAAGGACUUUGAGUUUGUCUGUCUAGCAUGCAGCUAUUAUGCGGUAACAAGCAGGGAGAUGUCUCGCCACUCCACCACGGACAAACAUAAGCAGAAGAGCCAGAAAUACCAGGAGACUCAGAAGAGUCCUGAUCAAAUCACACUUCAGGUUCCACAGGAAGAGGAAAUGGUGCAAGAUGGCGAAGCAGAUGCAGACACCUCCGUUGAUCCUGUUUGUCCAGGAACGGCCGCAGAAAAGCCUGAUGAAAAUUCUAUGGAGGUGGAAGGUGAGCCCCAAAUGGCAGGGGAUGAGCCCCAAACCAAUACCCAACUGAACCAGAACGAACCGUCUGGUGACGAAUCUUUGCCAGGCGACCAGACAAUAACUUCUGUCUCCAAGGAGACUCCUGCAGAGCUACCACAUAUCACUCAUCCACCCAAAGAGCGGAACCCCCCGGAGGAAGGAGAGGACAUGGAGACCGCCCUCAUCGACUGCGGCGAGGAGAUGGCAGACGCUGAAGUAGACGAGCCCGUCCCUGACACGCAGAUGUCCAAGGCGCCACCGUUCGACGCCUGCAUCUUCUCCAUCAAGGCACUAAUGGAGCGAGAAAAGGCCCAGGAAGAGGGCACGGCUCCGGAGGGAGAGGCCGCCACGGGCGUCGGUCCGACCCGGGUCUCUUUGGCGCUCCCGACCCUGCCCACCGUCCGGACCAGCCCGCACGUCAAGAAGAUCCGGCCGCGGCUCCGGGUGAAAUGCGAAGGCCGGGCCGCGCGCAUCCGCUGCGACGACUGCGGCUUCAUGGCGGACGGCCUCAGCGGCCUUAACGUUCACAUCUCCAUGAAGCACCCCACCAAGGAGAAGCACUUCCACUGCAUGGUGUGCGGCAAGUCCUUCUACACGGAGAGCAACCUGCACCAGCACCUGACCAGCGCCGCCCACCUGCGCAACGAGCAGAACAGCGUGGAGGAGCUGCCCGAGGGCGGGGCUUCCUUCAAGUGUGUCAAGUGCACGGAGCGCUUCGAGACGGAGCAGGACCUGUUCGUGCACAUCAAGGAGAAGCACGAGGAGCUCCUGCGCGAGGUCAACAAGUACGUGCUGGAGGACACGGAGCAGAUCAACCGCGAGCGCGAGGAGAACCAGGGCAGCGUGUGCAAGUUCUGUGGCAAGGUGUGCAAGAGCAGCAACUCCAUGGCCUUCCUAGCCCACGUGCGCACGCAUACCGGCUCCAAACCCUUCAAAUGUAAGAUCUGCAACUUUGCCACCGCCCAGCUGGGGGACGCCAGGAACCACGUGAAGAGGCACCUGGGCAUGAGGGAGUACAAGUGUGACAUGUGCGGGUGGGCCUUUGUGAUGAAGAAGCACUUGAGCACACACAUGCUGGGCCGACACGGCAUUGGACAGCGGAAAGAGAGGAAGUUUGAGUGUGGCCUGUGCGAGCGCUCCUUCGCAGAGAAGUGGGCGCUGAACAACCACAUGAAGCUCCACACUGGGGAAAAGCCCUUCAAGUGCGCCUGGCCUUCCUGCCACUACGCCUUCCUGUCCCUGUCGGCCAUGAGGGACCACUACAGGACGCACACCGGUGAGAAGUCCUACCUUUGUGACCUGUGCGGCUUUGCGGGGGGAACCAGACACGCCCUCACCAAACACAGACGGCAGCACACAGGGGAGCGGCCGUUCAAAUGUCACCUCUGCAACUUCGCCUCCACCACUCAGUCCCACCUGUCCCGGCACAAGCGCGUGCACACGGGGGAGAAGCCGUACCGCUGUCCCUGGUGCGAGUACAGGGUCAGGACGGUGUUCAGGUUAAUUCCUCUAACUGCUGGCAUCGUGUCCAAGUCCUACGAGUGCCGCCUGAAGGGCCAGGGGGCCGCCAUCGUGGAGACCCUGGAGGCCCCCGGCUCCCAGGCCGGGCCCUUCAGGUCCCCGGAGCCCGGCGGGGCCCACGACGGGCCGGUCCAGCAGCUGAUCAUCAUCCAGGGCUACGGCAACGGCGAGAUCGACCAGACGGAGCUGGAGGAGUCGGCCGCCACCACGCUGCAGACGCUCGCCAUGUCCGGCCAGGUGGCCAAGGUGCUCCACAUCACCGAGGACGGCCAGCUGGUGGCCGCCACCGGGGACGUGGCGUCGGGCGGCUCCGCCCACCUGGGCGCCUCCGGGGGCACGCAGUACGUGGUGCUGGAGUCCGGCGGCGGCGGCGGCGGUGGGAGGGAGGGCCUGCAGCAGGUGGUGGUGGCGGCGGCGAGGAGGGCGGCGGCGGCAGCGGCCGGGGAGACGGCGGGAGGACUUCAGGGAGGCAUGGCGUCCGAGUCGGCCACCGCUCUGGACGCGCUGCUGUGCGCCGUCAGUGAGCUGGGGCAGCAGGAGAUGGAGGUGCCAGCAGGAGGAGGAGGUGGAGGCGGGGAGGAAGAGGUGGUGGUAUCAAUGGGGGAGGCUCAGACGCCGCAGGGCGUGAAGGAGGAGGGGCUGGAGGAGCUGCAGCAGGAGGCGGAGGCGUCGUCCCCCAAGGAGGAGGAGGCGCAGAAGCCGACCAACGUCAUGCAGGAGGUGCUGCAGUUCGCCGCCGCCCAGAUGAUGAAGGAGGGCCUGAAGCAGGUGAUCAUCAACAGCGAGGGCACCCACUACAUCGUCACGGAGCUGGACGACUGCACCCUGCAGGUGGAGGAGGCCGUGUUCCAGGACACGCCCGAAGACCGAGUCCACAACAUGGCGGGAACAGUGGGGCUAGCAUCGCUCCAUCUCUCCACCACCAUCGCCACGCUCAUCAUGCGAGCCGGCACGGACAUCACACCCAUCAGGCCGUGCUUUCCCAUCAGGCACUCCGAUCACUAA